AAAGAAAGAAGACGGAGGAGGGGGAUGCGGCUUCUUUUCCUUCCCCUCUUCAUCUGAAAAGAGCCUUCCGCCAAAGCACCGGGUGUAGCCGAGGCCCCUCCGGCCGGCCGCCUUCACCGUCCCCAAAUUCCCGCCUUAGUAAUUGUCGAAUGCCUUUCAGGCACCCCAGCAGGGGGUGAGGGGACGGCGCUGUGGCCUCGCGCUCCUCGGCCUCCCUCCCUCCCUUCCCGCCCCGAAAAAAUGGGGGCAGCCCUUGCGGAACACGCCUGAAGGGAGGGACGCCGAGGCUCCUCCCGCGCUGCGCGAAGUGCCUUCUCGGCGCACGCCUGCCGAGCGGGAGAUGGAUAGGACCGAGCUGGAUGGCAGCAGCACAGACGCUCCCGAGCAAUGCUGCCAGGAGGCUGCGCGGACUGUCGGUGAAGCAGCAGGCGCAGCUAUGGAAGAGUCCGCAGCGGAGGCUCCCGCUUCAGGGGGCUCCGCUGCCUCGGCCCUCAAGGCCGUCUGCCUCGGCGCUGCCCAGCAGGAGCUGAAGCAGCAGCAGCAGCAGCAGGGGGUCAAGAGGCACCAUCACAAGCACAACCUGAAACAUCGCUACGAGUUGCAAGAAACGCUGGGCAAGGGUACCUAUGGCAAAGUCAAGAGGGCCAUCGAGAGGUUUUCAGGCAGAGUGGUUGCAAUAAAAUCCAUCCGUAAGGACAAAAUUAAGGAUGAGCAAGAUAUGGUUCACAUCAGACGGGAGAUUGAGAUUAUGUCAUCUCUCAGCCAUCCUCAUAUCAUCACUAUAUAUGAAGUAUUUGAGAACAAAGAUAAAAUAGUGAUCAUCAUGGAAUAUGCAAGUAAAGGGGAAUUGUAUGAUUACAUCAGUGAGAGGCGAAGGCUAAAUGAAAGGGAGACAAGACACUUCUUCCGGCAAAUUGUUUCGGCAGUUCAUUAUUGUCAUAAGAAUGGUGUCGUUCACAGGGAUCUAAAACUGGAAAAUAUUCUUCUUGAUGACAGUUGUAACAUCAAGAUUGCAGACUUUGGGCUUUCAAAUCUUUAUCAGAAAGAUAAAUUUCUCCAGACUUUCUGUGGAAGUCCACUGUAUGCAUCUCCUGAAAUUGUUAAUGGAAGGCCUUACCGAGGACCAGAGGUUGACAGUUGGGCUCUUGGUGUAUUACUUUAUACUCUGGUUUAUGGAACAAUGCCCUUUGAUGGCUUUGAUCACAAAAAUCUGAUCAGGCAGAUCAGUAGUGGAGAAUAUCGUGAGCCAACACAGCCCUCAGAUGCUCGUGGUCUGAUCAGGUGGAUGCUGAUGGUGAAUCCCGAGCGCAGAGCAACUAUUGAAGACAUAGCCAACCACUGGUGGGUUAACUGGGGCUAUAAGAGUACUGUUUGUGAUUGUGAUGCCUUGCAAGACUCUGAGUCCCCUCUGCUGUCUAGAUUCAUAGACUGGCAUCAUCGUUCCAGUGGGCUCCAGCCUGAGACUGAUACCAAAAUGAAGUGCCUUUCUAAACCAAAAGGAUCUGAAGUCCAUUUAGAGAGACAGAGAUCCCUAAAAAAAUCAAAGAAGGAAAAUGACAUUGCACAGUCUAUCCAAGAAGGAGUUGACAACUCAUGCAAAUUAAAUUCCAAGAGGCCAAAAGGUAUUUUGAAGAAGAGGAGCAAUAGUGAACAUCGAUCUCACAGUGCAGGAUUUAUAGAAGGAGUAGUCAAUCCAGUAUUGCCUUCCACUUUUAAAAAAGAACAAGAAUUAUGUAGAACAGGUAUAUCCAUUAAGAGUGUUUUGGAGGGGGAUAUAACGGGUAAAUACAGCACUAAGCAGUCUUCCUUAAUGCCAAAAAAGGGUAUCCUCAAGAAGACUCAGCAAAGAGAAUCUGGCUACUACUCAUCUCCAGAACGAAGUGAAUCUUCAGAACUCCUGGACCAUAAUGAGGAGGCAGGAAACAGUGACACAUCCCCAAACAUCAUUGAAACGUUAAGGAUAGAGUCUCAUAGUCAUUCCUACAGACGGAAGGGUAUUUUAAAACACAGUAGCAAAUAUUCCACCACUACUGCACAUUCAGCUUUAAUCCGCUCUGAUAGACCAGUGCUGGAAGGCAUGGAGGAAGCAGGUUUGUCUGUUGAUGGAUUAUCUCGAAGUUACAGUCGCCCUUCUAGUGUGAUUAGCGAUGAUAGCAUUCUUUCCAGUGACUCUUUUGACUUGGUGGACUUGCAAGAGAACAAACUUAGAAUAAGAAGCUGUGUGUCAGCUGAAAACUUCCUCCAGAUCCAAGAUUUCCAAGGACUCCAAAAAAACCGCUCACGACCACAGUACCUGAAACGUUACCGAAAUCGGACAAGUGAUAGUUUUUCUCUUCUUACAGACAUGGAUGAUGUCACUCAGGUCUACAAGAAGGCUCUGGAGAUCUGUAACAAGCUUAAUUAGCAGAUGGGGAAAAGUAGGACUGGAGAGAAAGGGUCUUGGGUACCUUUAUGAUGGAGUUGGCCCAAUUAUCAAUUAGCUGACAGUGACAACAUUGUUAACUAAGAAGAAGUCCUUCAAUUAUAUUGAGAAAAGACACCUCAUGCUUAUUAUGCAAACUUGUAGCUCAUGCAAUUAAAAUACUACCUAAUGUCCAAAGAAAUUAUGGUAAUAUAUGAAGUAAAAUCUCUGGCAGAUAGAAAAAUAUAAUGUUCCAGUGGUGUAAGUUGAAGCUAGAUAAAAUGUAAACUGGAAAAAGGUACUUUUAUUUUUUGUUAGAGAAGGUAACUAACCACUGGAAAAGCUAUAAUGUUAAGAGUAAAAAAAGUCAGCUGUUAAAUAUAAUAAAUCAUUGGCAGAUGGAUUUAUCAUUAUCCAUAACUUUUAAGUUAAUGAAAUUUUCUGAUUUUCAGCCAAAGGAGACCCUGACUCAGAAAUAUACACAAACAGGACUGGGAUGCCUGCUAAAGACAUUGAGAGCAUGUUUGCCCAGACAAUUAUUGGAAUUGCUGGUUAUCAGGUGAUAAUGCUUUCUUCUGAAAAGCAUUUAGCAAUUUAAGUGGGAAUUUUCGUUUUUAUAGAACUUCAGUUAGCAAGAAAUAGCAAUGUAGUAAAAUGAUGAGUUGAGAGAGACAAAAACCAUAUUAUUAUCCCAUUAGCAGAGACUCUGGAAAUCUGUACGUCUGCAAUAAAAAAGUUGUUUGAGGUGCCAAGAACCUUUAACAAGUUUCUUUUCACUACUUGUUCAUCUAUGUAAAUUGUAUGAACCGUAAAGAUUUUCUGAAGGAUAAUUUAUGAAACCAUAAGUACAUAAUGUAAAUUGAUCUAAUAUUAGUCUAAUCAAUUGCAGAAUUUGAAUUUUAUCAAAGACUUUGAGUUUAGUUCUUGCAGACCUCAGGAAUUUUAGGACAGAAUUCCAGAGCCCUUGUUAAUAGGCAGUAGUGUGGAGGGCUGGAAGGGACACAGUGAUGAGGAUGACUAGAAGGAACACAGUUUAUGAGUAAGAAAAAGAUAUUAGGGUAGUAGACUUCAUGAGGAAUUCAGUUUAAGAAUAUAUACAUAUUGUAGAUGAUAUUAUUAGGUCAGUGGAGUCAAAUUGGAGAAGACAAGACAUGAUUCGUGGGUGUAAUUCUAAAAUUGCAAUUAAAGGUUUCAACUCCCAUAAAGGUACCACUUGGGUUUACUGGAUUACAUGAAUGUAAGCCUCUUUUUAAAUAGGCACUAUGUGGUUGAUAGGCCUGGGCAAUUGAGACUUUUGACUUACUUUAGGUCAUAGAUAUCCCAUUAAGCAGUUCAGAGUUUCAAUACAGUAACGUUAUUAAACUAGUUUACAGAAUCAAAGUGUUGCAACUUUUAAAAGAAAAAAGGCAAACUCAGAUCUAACAACACUUAAUAGACUGAGAGUAUUUCCUUCAUUUAAGCUAUGCCAGCUUCAUUACAAAGAACAUAAUUUGGCCCCCUUUAAUUUGGGGCUCCAAAAUUACAGGAAUCUAGUGCCAAUUCCAAGGGAUUUCAAAGUAAAGAUAUUAAAAUAUUAGAGUUAGUGGACAGUUUGGCUGUAUAUUUCUCAUAAUUAAGUUGAAAUUAUUUUGUGUUCAAAUCUAAACACACAGGUCAGAGGUAGGCAAUCUUUUUGGAAAAGUGGAUGCAUUCGGAAUUUUGGGAAUAUGUUAUGGAUGCUUUUAUGAAAUAGCUGGCAUGGGGAGUGGACUUAAAUGUUCCUAAAAUGGAUGCCAUAUGAUCCUGCUCAAUUACAAAACACACUAUUACUAAAAGACAGACUGGCAAGUUUCUUCCAAUUGCCUUCUCUAGCUUCUGUCCACAGAAUGCUGCAUACUCCAGCUUAAUUUUGCAUUGUUUCUGGAGAGGUGUGCACACGUCCAAACAUUUUUUAUGUUCUAAGAAUGUCUUUGGAGCCUAUAGAGGUUUGCUUUGUAGCAAAUCAGUUCCCCUUUAAAAAAAAAUAAUAAUGUCUUAAAAAUUAAACAGAAGCAGCAGGGAGCCUGAUGGGCACCAUGACAGGUAUCUCUAGGCACCAUGUUACCAUUAAGACUACUGAACUAAUUAAUUUCCUUUCCCAGAAUAAUGGGAAGAUGGUUGCAUCCCUCCACAAAGCAUUGGAUGAAAUGAUCCAAAAUGGCACUAAAUGCCUACAGUAUCCCUACAAUACUUGUCAUCUUGACCUGUCUUAGAUACUAAAUAGAAAUGCUUCCAAAGAUAUUCUAGUAAUUUACUAAUUGAUUGUAUCCACCUACCAUAUCUUUUGUCUUCCAGUUCGUAUACUUCCUUCAACCUUGCCAAGCAUUUUUUUUUCUGUUCCAUCAUCUACUUGUACCAUAUGCCUAAAGUAUGCAUGUUUUUGCUUGCUAAUCAUUGUCUCAGGUGAGCAAUCAGAUUUUAUUUGGGCUUGGACUGAUUCACUUGUUCUUCCAGCAAGUCAUGGUAUGCUUAAUAACCCUAAAUCCAUAAUUCAAAGUCAUCUAUCUUCUCACUGUCUCUUAGUGUCCAUUUUCACAGCUGUCCAUUACCACUGCAAUUACCAUUGCUUUAAGUAUUCUGAACUUUGUUGACGUUGAUGUAUCUUUCUCUUUCAUGAUUUUGUAUAAGUUUGUUACCGCAUUCCUUCUUAAUCAAUCUACUCAUCAGUUCUCCAGCAUACAGUUCAUCCUUAUUAUUGAGUUCAAAAAACCAAAAAAUCUUCAUGUCGAUGCUCUUUGUCUUCUUAAUAUCUAACAUUAAUUUGGAUGUCUCACUUUUUAUUUUUACUUUCAUAAUGAGCUCUUCCAAGUCUUUUUGAAUUUUAAUUCCAAGUGCUAAAUGUGUAGCCCAAAACUAUGUUUACUUAAUCAGCCUCACUGAGUUCACUGGUGAGAUCUUAUGUUUGCUAUGCUAAGUGAUUUCCGCCUUAGAAAGGUACAUAUGCUUAAAGACACAACUUAAAAAAAAAGAAAAGAAAACAGCAUGUUUCAGUAAUCUGGAUAAAUUUUGCUUUAAGUUAAAGACCAUGCUUUGAUCCAGGAAUAUGCAAACCUUUCUCCUUUGAAAACUAAGACAGGACUGGUCUGAGUUGUCUUAGAGUAGAACACUGCUAACUUUUGCUACCUGUCCUCAAGCUCAGUUUAACAUGCAGUUAAUAAAUUUUGAGAAGAAAAGGGAACUCUCAACAGCUCCUGGGAAGAACUAAGAAUUGUCCUCAAAUGGAGCUCUAUCUAAGUUGUGGCCCAGGCCUGUCAUCUUGUAUACAAAUGUGAAUGACUGAUUAACUGAUUGCUGCCAAACUGGAAAAUGUUCUGUAGGGACUUACUGGCAUAUUAUCAUUCCUAGAAGAACCAGAACUCUUGACUGCACAUUGUUAUUACUAGUGCUGUGUAAUUUUUUUUUCCUUAUUUAAUUUGCAAAGAUUUUUUUUUGUCUUUAAAGUUGACUUUUUAUUUGUCUUCUUUUAAUUUAUUGGUCUGAAAGCCAUUUCAAAGGUAUAAUAAUAUAUUUUGGUAUAAUUUAAUUGGUUCUGCAUUAUUUUACAGCUUUGGCCAAAACGUUACCUUAAAAAAUGUUUUGUUUUGUUUUUCAUUAUGCUUAUUGUUGGUUCGAUUACUUUGAAGCAGAGGGAAACGCUGGAUAAUCACCCAAAGUGUUUGUAUUUUUAAUCUGAUCCUGUCUUUUUUUAUUAAAUAAAAAUCAAUAAAA